UUCCAAAUGCCAUGAUAACUCCAAGACAGCAUUAUCUGGAUGAAUUGAAAUUUUAAAUGGUGAAAAAAGCUCAAUAAAAAUGUAAAAAUAAAUGAUAAAAAUCCCUUUUUGUGAGAGAUGGGGUGAGAGAAUUGUGCUAAUUAGUUACUAGAUGUAAUAUUUCUGCCAAAAAAGGAUCCAACAUUAUCUUGAGACUGCAGAUCUGUAGAGAAACUACUUGCCUGUUUUGAGGGCCCAAAAGGACAUCUAAAGACAGAAAGAGUUUUUGCAAAUGUCCAGAACUUUUUUCCGACUGUAAAAAUGCAAGGCUGUUACAGCAGAGUAGCAAAUACACAAAACAUUUGUUGACAGAAAACUUCAAAAUUCACUUUAUCCCUUUUGGGAUUUCUGGGCUGCCAGAGCCUAAGCUGGAAAUUGUUGGGCGAAGGCGAGUAACACUGUGAACAGGUCGCCACCUGGUCGCAGAAUCACACACUCACACCUUGGGACAAUUUCGAGUAAUCGAUCAACCUACAAACCGUGUUUUUGUACUUUGGGAAGAAGUGUCCAGAGAAAACUCAGGCAUGCACGGGGAGAACAUGCAAACUACAGACAGAAAGGCAGCCAGGAUUUGAACCGAGGCUUUCUUUCUGUGAGACGAAAGCUCUGACCACUGCAACAAAAAAAAAAAAAAAAAGCAGCUGAUUUUGUUUAGUAGUUUCUCCGUUUCUCAAGCAACUAUUGCUUUGAGUGUUACCUGACUCCACAAAUACUGACUUCCCUCCCAACUUUCCAAUUUCAGAUAUAGUUGAGGCGUGGACAAAUUCUCUCUGUUUACCUGUGUGCCAGAGCAAGCCUUUGUAAAUAUGAGGUCUCACUCGACCAGGAAAGAAUGAAGAACACCACGUUAAUGUUCAGUGUCGGACUGGUGACUGGAUUUGUUUUACUACACUCCACACUGAACUCACUUCCUGCCACAAAAACAUUCAGUGUUUUACUUGGGGAUGUUAACAAGAGACGGGGGGUCCAGCCUGAUCUCACAGGGGCAACUGUCCACUCUACCUGGAAUGUCCCCCACACGGUGCGGAUCUUGUGUUGGAUCGUCACAGCACCCAAGAACUUGGAGUCCCGAACGAGACACGUCAGGGAAACGUGGGCCAAGCACUGCUUCAAAACGCUUUACAUGAGCUCAGCCAAGAGCGACUUCCCCACUGUGGGACUGAACGUGAGCGAGGGCCGAGACAAUCUCUACUGGAAGACCAUCCGGGCCCUCCAGCACAUCCACCAGCACCACCUGGAUGAAGUGGACUGGUUCCUGAAGGCAGACGAUGACACCUACGUGAUCGUGGAGAAUCUAAAUUAUGUUUUGUCCAAACACGAUCCAGAGAGACCGGUGUACUUUGGCAGGCGGUUUGCACCCUUCGUCAGCCAGGGCUACAUGAGUGGUGGGGCGGGCUACGUCCUUAGCAAGGAGGCGCUGAGGAGGUUCAUCGAAGGUUUUACUACGGGAAAAUGCACUCACUUCUCCCCCAUAGAAGACAUGGCUUUGGGGAAAUGCAUGGAGACGAUGAAAGUGGAAGCAGGAGACUCCAGAGAUGUGAUUGGGAGACAAACCUUUCAUCCUUUCCCUCCGGAAAAUUAUGUUGUUCCACAACUACCGAGACCUCAACCUUGGUUUCUGAACUAUGAGUAUUACAAGCGAGUAGAGGGUCCAGGUUGCUGCUCAGACUUUGCGGUGUCCUUCCACUACAUAACUGCGGUGCAGAUGUAUGUGCUGGAGUACCUCACGUACCACCUGCGGCCUUAUGGGUACAAAUACAGGUUUAACCCUGAGGAUAAAGAAGGCAGUGGCUCGACGGUGAAGCCUUUAGCAGCUCUCAGAUGAGACAGGACGCAGAGACAAGAGCUCUGCUGAUGUUUUUACUCAAUACAGAAACAUGCCCCAUCAGAUGGAUGAGACGCUUUACUGCAUUCCCUCCUGACCUUUUGGUUACAACACCAGCGUUGUGUCUACCACACUGAGUAGAAGGAACUGGACCCCACCGGACCUCCUGACUGCCGGCAUGGACCUGCUGGACCAGGACCAGAUGGACAAUCCUGACACAUCAUACACAUCCAUGAAAGACUGAAUCUAUCUGUAAAAAAUUAACUAGCAUCCUUGUCAUCUGUAUAAUAAUAAUUAUAUGUGGACUUGAGCGGACUCAGUGCUAAACUGACACACUCUGGUUCAGAUUUUUGUCAGAAAUUCUCUAAUUUCUGCUUUUAUAGACAAGAAAAAAUGAUUGUACAUUAAAAUAACUUCUUAAAAGUCUCAGUUUUCUGUACAGAUAUUUUGACCUGUUAAAUAAAAUAAACAGAUUUCCCUUUAACAUUCCCCUAGUUCAGGGGUGUCAAACUCAUUUUGGUUCAAAGGCUCCAUUCAAUCCGUCUGAUAUCAAGUGGACCGGACCAGUAACAUAAUAGCAAAAUAACAUGCACUGCAAAAAGUCUGCUUUAAAAAACAAAAAAAAGA